GAAAUUUCUGUGACCUUUCAGAUGCUGGUUGGCACCCGGGGCGAUGAUGUGGACUUUCUUUGGCAUCGUGGCACUGAUCCUCGCUAUAAACCUCCUCGCCUUCGUGCUGGUGAUGCGCUUGGUCAUAACGCGAAUGAUGAAGAGUCCUCAGCCAGCUGGCCCGAAUGGCAAAGGGCAGGCUGACCGAAUCUGGGGCACCCUCACUAUCUUCCUCGUCCUCGGCCUCACCUGGUUGACAGGGAUUCUCUACGCCGUUUUCGGUUCUACCAGCCUGGCUUUCGUCUUCAUUCUAACCAACAGCCUCCAAGGCGUGUGGAUAUUCAUCUUCGGAAUCGUGAUGAACAGGAGAGUCCGCGGAGAUGCUGUGAAACUCAUGCUCAGUUGGCGAAAAGGAAGAUACGAGAUAGAGCCAUCGGUCAGAUUCACAACCUCACACACAAUAGAUUCUCAAGUAGACGCCGGGAAAUGAAAGUCCCCUUACUCGUCCAUUCAUUCAUUCGAGGGG